AUGGCCAACUGGCGAGAAGAUUAUUAUGCCGCGCUAGUGGCCCGUGACGAGAAAGAGCAAGCAAACAGCAGCCUCUACGAUGCUUACACCCGCCUCGCCGACCGCACAGCGGCCAACACCGCCCUCGUCAAUAGGCAACAAACUCAACAAUCUCCGGAGGUAGCAGGCAACUCCGUUUCCCUGAAAACAGCGUCCACUUCUUCACAGCAACCACAGAAACAACCAUCACAAAGUAGCGGCGCUGUGUCACAGAGCACCCUUCUAGCAGCCAGAGCAGAUCUAGCCGCCGCCCAGCGAUCCCGCACCGAGCUUCAAGAAAAACUAACCCGCACAACCACGGAAUUGGAUAAACUGCGAUCCAAGACUCAGCAAGAUUCGAGAAGAAUAGCGUCGUUAGAAGGCGAGCGAACUCAUCUCACUCUGCGGUUGAAAGACCGCGACGAGGAGUUGCGCGGGAAGGCGAAGCUAUUGGAUAGUGUCCAAGAUGAACUAGCCUCUCUCAACUUACAGCUCAACAUGGCAGAGGAUCGAUCUAGUAAAUUACAGCGCGAGAAUCAGGAAUUGGUCGAUCGGUGGAUGGCUCGUAUGGGCAAAGAGGCGGAUGCGAUGAAUGAGGCUUCCAAGUUUUAG